AUGGAGCAUAAAGGCGCCGCUGCCCGUCCCAUUCGUCUGGACAUUGACCUCCUCCUUGAAGUACCCAAUCACGUUGCCCCUAGGCCAGUAUUCACACACCAGGUACCACCCCCUGUCCCCGCAGAGCUUCCUCCCGCACCCAACCUGCGUCGAGUUCUUCCACACGAGCUGCGUGAAGUGGCCCGUGUCCUCGGUGAAGUCGCCCUUCUUGAAGUCGUAGUCCUUCCUCUCGUUGCCCCACAGGUCCACGCAGCCCGUCACGUCGGAGCAGCCCAGCGCGAUGUUCUCGCCGUACGGCCCGCCCGAGUGGGCGAACCGGCAGUCGCGGUUCCCGUCGAGGUAGUCCUGGCCGAAGCGCUCGAGCGUGUCGUUCCAGCGGAUCCAGCUCGCGUUGUGCUCGGUGCGGAAGAAGUUGGUGCUGUUGAGCACGGCCGAGGUGAAGGCGUCGUGCGAGACGAACUGCCGCGCCUCGGAGGGGAUGGAGGGCGCGGCGGUCACGGUCUUCACUACGUCGGCCGGGGAGGGGCUCGCAACGGUCUCGGCGAUGCCGAGGAGCGCCGUUAG